GAGCAGCUUAAAGAUUAACUUUCUCGAGUUUCUGUGACCAAAACUGUCUGAGUGAAUAGCGUGAUUGGAAACUUGUGCAGGCGGGAGAAGCGCGGCCGCUCUUUCAACAGGCGAUUUGUUCUCCUGUCUAUGGCUCAUUUCCAUGCAAAGAGCCUGACAUCAGAGCACCUUUUGUUGCUAAACGCUUUCUUUAGCUUCGCGGGGAGAGAGUCAUGUGGAGCUGGAAGGACUCAUUUUGAAGAGAGGGGGCCCGGGGAGUUCCCCCCAAGUUCCAGAGCCACCGCGGUCACUCGGCGGGGCCCUGCCCAGACUUGCUGGAAGUGAUGAGUCGCGUGCCUACUUAGUCGGUCCCGGUUACAGGAAGAGACGCCUUUGCAGCGGGUCGCAUUGCUCCUGGGCUGCCAGGAUUCCCCGCCGAAAAACUCAGUGGUGCAAACCUUGCCUCCUGCUACCCGGUGGCCGAGCCCAGCCGGGCCGGCAAAGUUUCGGGACUUGUCAGUCGCGCUGCCCGCCGCCACCUCGAGCCGAAGUGCGGGCGCCUUCCGGGGGCGCCCGCGGGGUCGGAGGCCGCGGGGGAUGCGGCGCGGGGGCGCGGCUCGGUGACGCGGCGGGCGGAGACCGGCGCCGGGGGCCGGGCGCGCGCUGCUGCGGGGCCGGGGCGCCCCGGGGACCCGGCCAUGGAGGAGGACGCGGGAGCCGCCGGCCCGGCGCCGGAGCCGGAGCCCGAGCCCGCGCCGGAGUGUGAAGCGGGCGCUGGCAUGUCCGAGGCGUUCUCCCGGCUCUGGACCGACGUGAUGGGCAUCCUGGACGGCUCCCUGGGAAACAUCGAUGACCUGGCCCAGCAGUAUGCAGAUUAUUACAAUACCUGCUUCUCCGACGUGUGCGAGAGGAUGGAGGAGCUGCGGAAACGGCGGGUUUCUCAGGACCUGGAUGUGGAGAAACCCGAAGCCAGCCCCACGUCACUUCAGCUGCGGUCCCAGAUCGAAGAGUCGCUUGGCUUCUGUAGCGCCGUGUCAACACCAGAAGUGGAGAGAAAGCAUCCUCUUCAUAAGUCCCACUCGGAAGACGGCUCUGUGGGAAAAGGAGAUUGGAAGAAGAAAAAUAAGUAUUUCUGGCAGAACUUCCGAAAGAAUCAGAAAGGAAUAAUGAGACAGACUUCAAAAGGAGAAGAUGUGGGUUAUGUGGCGAGCGAGAUAACCAUGAGUGAUGAGGAACGGAUUCAGCUGAUGAUGAUGGUCAAGGAAAAGAUGAUCACCAUCGAGGAAGCCCUUGCUAGGCUCAAGGAGUAUGAGGCCCAGCACCGGCAGUCAGCUGCCUUGGACCCUGCUGACUGGCCAGAUGGUUCUUACCCAACAUUCGAUGGCUCAUCAAACUGCAAUUCAAGAGAACAGUCGGAUGAUGAGACGGAGGAGUCGGUGAAGUUUAAGAGGUUACACAAGCUGGUAAACUCCACUCGCAGAGUGAGAAAGAAACUAAUCAGGGUGGAAGAAAUGAAAAAGCCCAGCACCGAAGGCGGGGAGGAACAGGUGUUCGAGAACGCCCCGGUCCCCGACGAAAGGUCCGCCCUUUACUCCGGAGUGCACAAGAAGCCGUUUUUCUUUGACGCCUCUCCUGAGAAACCUCCGGAAGAUGAAGCGGACUCUCUCACCCCUUCUCCAUCAUCCAGCAGCCUGGACACCUGGGGAGCUGGCCGGAAGCUGGUCAAGACCUUCAGCAGAGGAGAGAGCCGGGGGCUGAUCAAGCCCCCCAAGAAGAUGGGGCCGUUCUUCUCCUACCCCGAAGAAGACAAGGCCCAGAAGGUGUCCCGCUCCCUCACCGAGGGGGAGAUGAAGAAGGGCCUCGGGUCCCUGAGCCACGGGAGAACCUGCAGUUUUGGAGGCUUCGACUUGACAAAUCGUUCCCUGCACAUCGGCAGUAAUACUUCAGACCCCGUGGGUAAAGAAGGAGAUUUUGUGUACAAAGAAGUAAUCAAAUCACCCACUGCCUCCCGCAUCUCUCUUGGGAAAAAAGUGAAAUCAGUGAAAGAGACCAUGAGGAAGAGAAUGUCUAAAAAAUACAGCAGCUCUGUCUCUGAGCAGGAUUCAGGCCUCGACGGAAUGCCCGGCUCCCCUCCAUCCUCUCAGCCUGACGGCGACCACAUGGACAAGCCCAAGCUCAAAGCUGGAGGGUCUGUGGAGAGUCUGCGGAGUUCUCUGAGCGGCCAGAGCUCGAUGAGCGGCCAGACGGUGAGCACCACGGACUCCUCGACCAGCAACAGGGAGAGUGUCAAGUCGGAAGAUGGUGACGACGAGGAGCCCCCCUACCGGGGCCCAUUCUGUGGGCGUGCCAGGGUACACACCGACUUCACACCCAGCCCCUAUGACACAGACUCCCUCAAGCUCAAGAAAGGAGACAUCAUUGACAUAAUCAGCAAGCCCCCCAUGGGCACCUGGAUGGGUCUGCUGAACAACAAGGUGGGCACGUUCAAAUUCAUCUACGUGGACGUGCUCAAUGAGGAAGAGGAGAAGCCCAAGCGCCCCACCAGGAGGAGGAGGAAAGGAAGACGCCCCCAGCCCAAGUCGGUGGAGGAGCUCCUUGAUCGCAUCAACCUCAAAGAGCAUAUGCCCACUUUCCUGUUCAAUGGAUAUGAAGAUCUGGACACCUUUAAGCUCUUGGAGGAGGAAGACUUGGACGAGUUAAAUAUCAGGGACCCGGAGCACAGAGCUGUUCUCCUAACAGCAGUGGAGCUGUUACAGGAAUAUGACAGUAACAGCGACCAGUCGGGAUCCCAGGAGAAGCUGCUUGUUGACAGCCAGGGCUUGAGCGGAUGCUCCCCUCGAGACUCCGGAUGCUAUGAAAGCAGCGAGAACCUGGAAAACGGCAAGACUCGAAAAACCAGCCUUCUCUCUGCCAAGUCAUCCACCGAGACCAGCUUGAAGUCUUUCAACAGAAAUCAGCUGGGUAACUACCCAACCUUGCCUUUAACGAAGUCAGUGGAUGCACUGAAGCCUGGAGGGGAGAGCAGGCUGGGCGGUGGUCUCGCCUCUCACACCUCCAAGUGCUGUGAUCCCCCCAGUGUGACUGAUUUGAGUAAAAACCGAAGAAGCCUCCCGGUUUCCAUCUGUCGGAGCUGUGAGACCCUGGAGGGCCCCCAGACUGGGGAGCCUUGGCCCCGAUCCCACUCUCUGGAUGACCUUCAAGGAGAGGCUGAGGCUGAAAAAGAUGUGCCUGGCCAGGUGCUGGAACCUUCCCCUCAGAUUAUACCCGAAGUGCCAGAAAAGACAGCCCCCUCCAUCACAAAGGUUCAAAGCCCCAAACGAGCUUCUGCUGUUGACAAUGCAUUGCUACUGACCCAAAGCAAAAGAUUUUCUGAACCUCAAAAAACGACUCCUAAGAAACUGGACAGCCCGACGGCUGCCUUCUCACGUGGCACAUCCCCCCCUCCGUGUUUGCCCAAAAACCCUGACGCCCCCCCUCCCGCUGUUAAACCCAGUUUAACAAGGACACCUCUUGAGGGUCACAGGAAAGGACUGGAUUUCGAAGGAACACAUCACCCUCCGGGCACCAAAGAAAGCGGGGAUACUGAGCAGAGGGGCCCCGAGGCCAGAACGCAGGCAAAACCCCCGGUCCAGCCUCCGCCGGUUCCCGCCAAGAAGAGCCGGGAGCGCCUGGCCAAUGGGCUGCAUCCUGGGCCCCCUGGUCCCCCUGCCCCGCCUGGCCCCGAUGCUCCCAGCCUGCCAGUGAAAAAGGGCAGCCCCGGCAACCCCAGCGACUGCCCCCCGCCCACCGCGCCCAGGCCUCCCUCGGGACCCGGGCCGGAGCCCGGCAGCCCGCCGAGCACCCGGCCCCCACCCUGGCUGGCGGAGCUGCCUGAGAGCGCCAGCCUCCAGGAGCACGGCGUGCGGUUGGGCCCCGGCCUGGCCAGGAAGAUCUCCUGCACCCGCGGGGUGGACCUGGAGAUGCUCACCGAGAAUAAACUGCGAUCCGAAGGCAUCGAUCUCACCGAGGAGCCGUAUUCCGAUAAGCACGGCCGCUGUGGGAUUCCUGAGGCCCUGGUCCAGAGAUACGCAGAAGACUUAGAUCAGCCCGAGAGGGACGUCGCCACCAACAUGGACCAGAUCCGAGUGAAGCUGCUUCGGAAGCAGCACCGCAUGGCGAUCCCAAGUGGCGGACUCACAGAAAUCUGUAGGAAGCCCCUCUCUCCCGGAUGCGUUUCUUCCGUGUCCGAUUGGCUGGUUUCCAUCGGUCUGCCCAUGUACGCCAGCGCCCUCGCCGAGGCGGGGUUCAGCACACUGGGCCAGGUGCCUUCUCUCUCCCCCACUUGCCUUCAGGAGGCCGGCAUCACAGAGGAGAGACACAUAAGCAAGCUGGUGUCCGCAGCCAGACUCUUCAAACUGCCACCAGGCCCUGAGGCCAUGUAGCCAGGCCCGACACGGACCUCCCUGGACCAGAGCCACCCUUUCACUGUGUUUAAGAUGCUGAUGCAAUUCCUCCUUCGCUGGACUUGCAGACCAGAUCCAAGAGAAAGGCCAGCGUGUGGCCGACAGAACUCGGAAUCCUGGCACGGGACGGAUGACCCUCUGUUCUCCAGAAAAGCCCCCUCCAGGACUGGGGUGGUUCUCUGACCCCCAGGGAAAAGACAAGCACUUAUUUUUGUUUUCAGGACACAGGAGAACCAAGAUGCUGACUUGGUGCAAAUGCGAUGCCCACAGUCUGUCCUGAUGUGCUGGGAGAGGGCGGGGGCAGAGGGAGGGGCAGCAUGCCCUCGCCCUGGUGUCUGCCACCCUUCAGGGUACCCGAGGCCCAGACAGACGGGACUCAGCCAGGCCAGGUGACAGACUCGGGGGUGAUUGUACACUGUCGACCAAGGCUCACUGGUUCAAAAGUUAGAAAAUCUGGCUGCACUAGAAAAAAGUCCUAUUCUCCUUUAGAUAAACAAGAGACAUUUCAAUAAUUGCUUUCUAGCAAUCAGCUUUUAUUUGCCUUAAUGUAAGCUUUUAAGCAGUUAUCUAACUAGUGUUCACUAGCCUGUAACCAUAGUUCCACAUCUUCAGCUUAGACUGUCAUCUAACAUACCUGGGAUGUUUUUGGCAGAAAUGGGCUUUUGUCUCACUCUAACAUGGCGUAUUUUAUAGCGGUGUUUAUCAGGCCAAAUUUCAUGUCGACUUUGAGUUUUUAAGCUAACCACAAAUCUGGUAAAAAGCUCUGAACGUCACAAGAUAUCGUGUGUGAGAGCAUGUGUGUGUGUGUGUGUGUGUGUGUGUGUGAUUGUGUGUGCGUGUGCAUGUGCGCUUACGGUAACUACUUUUCGUUUUAAUCGGUUGAGUACUGUUACCGUGAUGGUCAUUGUGCUGCAGUAUUGACUUGGAAUCUUGAUGGUGUUCAUUCUAAAAUCCAGUCCUCAGCUAACAGAUCACCUUUGCAAAAAGUCAUCAUGGGAUGAAAUAUUUAAGAAAGAUGUUUUUCAAAAGGGAAGUAGUUUAUAAGAUGUUUUAAAAGAUUUUUUUUUUCAGUUUUAUAAUUAAAAUACUGUUUUCCAUCUUUUCUUAUUUAGAUCAUUCUCUUAAAUAAAAUAAAGGUUUAUUUGGAGCCAAACUACGUUGGCCAUAUAUUAAGUGGUUGCACAUCCUCAGUUGUUUUUCAGCUGAUUUCAGCAUCCUUUUUUAGUCUAGUGUAUGAUUUUCUAACAGAAAUUUAGAUAACUAAAUUAUUCAGGUUACCAAUUGCUCACAGAGUGAUUUUCCUGGCGUUCCCAUCAUGGCUUAGCAGUUAGCGAACCCAACUAGCAUCCAUGAGGACUCAGGUUCGAUCUCUGGCUUCUCUCAGUGGGUUAAGGAUCCGGCGUUGCCGUGAGCUGUGAUGUAAGUCACAGACGUGGCUCGGAUCCUGCGUUGCUGUGGCUCUGGCGUAGGCCGGUGGCUGCACCUCCAAUUGGACCCCUAGCCUGGGAACCUCCAUAUGCCAUGGGUGGGGCCCUAAAAAGACAAAAAGACCAAAAAAAAAAAAAAAACCCCACAAAGUGAUUUUCCUUUACGUUCUUAUCAUGAGCCCUAUUUUAAGCAUUAGGGAUGAUCAUUUACUAUAGAAAUGCUGGGAACACAAAGCCUUGAUUAAAAAGGUCUAUGAUUUCAUCCACUCUUUGAAACAAAUGAUUUCCCUCAGGGGAAGGGAAAAAAGGUGAUUUCAUGAAAUACGAAGCCAUUUUACCAUUUGCUUUAUAUAUAUGGAUCCAUGUUUCUGAGGAAAAGGACAUUCUCAGGUGAUGUAUUUUUUCAUGCUUUGGUGUGCAUUUUAAAGAAGAAUAUAUGUUCCUUCAGUACUUGUCCCCUGUAAGAUGCCAUGUGAAGAAGUUGUAGACAUGUAGAAGAAAAUGCUAAAGCUGCCAAAUUUCUCUCGACCCCUUAAACACAACCCAUUUUUGUCAUGUGGGGUGAGACAUUCCUAUGAGAGCAGUCCAUUGAGAAGGUCAUGAAGGAGGCAGCGGGGCUCUCCUGGAACUGGGUCACUGAAAGGAAUUGCAAGUGCUGCAGGGAGGCGGGUGCCUUAGGAACAGCCUGGUUUGCGGUCCCUCCGCCUGCCCUCGAGAGCCUGCUCCUAGUUUAAGCUGAGCUAAGAGACCGCACACAAGUCGGGUUAUAGGGAACAGAGGAGAAGGGCAGAUACGUGAAUUUCCAAGUGUUCACGUUCAUCGGAGAUCUUCACUGAAGUGGUGCCAGAAAAGGGAACUUUCCGGCUAUGAGUUUUUGAGAAUACCAAACUGUGUGUUUGUCAUUCUUCUUUGGAAAUUGCCUUUGCAUAGAAAAGUGAUAUUCAGGGACCAGGAAUCAUUUUCAGUGGGAAGGGUUUCCUAAUCCGGGGUCUGAGGUGGUUUUUACUUUAUUGUGCUUUUAAAAAAAAAAAAAAUUUUUUUUUUUAUCUUUAGUAUAUGUGUUUGGUUUUCUUUUGCUUUAAACUUUUAAUUUGAUUCUAGAAAAGCCUGAAUGUUUGUGUGUGACAUUUGACUGAGGUGGUUCGGGGCCGCCUAUGGCCUUUGAAGACAGGUGGUCGGCUUCAGCAAUAUCCAGUUUUUAAUCCCUUGCACUUGGUGCAUAGUGUUGAGGAAGGGUGAGCUUCGUUGUCUUUGGAAAGCACAAAAGCAGAGGCAGUUUGGCUCAGGUAGCUGCACAUCCGUUGUGUAUCAUUUUUCCUUGGAAGCUGUCUGUCUACAAGGAAAUACAGCCAGCCCCAACCACUAUUUACAUUCCCGAUAACCAAGAAGUAGAUAGAUGUUCAUGGCCUUGGCCUUAGUCAGAGGCCCUUUUCUCUUUCCUGUACCCAGGUAUAGGUGAAAUUGGAAUUUCCUAAGUCUAUGGGAAAUCAGUUCCUGUCAGAGCAGAUUGCAGCAAAUCGGUUCACCAAGUCAAUGCUGCAUGUGUGUACUGUAUUUUCAGGAAAAAAAAAAUAUAUAGUAGUCCGAGUCCAAGUUAUCUCGAUUUUAAAUUGAUAGAAAAAUAAGAAACUGUCAAGCAAGUUAUAUAACAACUAACAACAUUGCACUUUCUGUAUAUGAAAUCAAUAUUUAAAUAACUUAUUUUUCUCCAUUGCUGUUCUUAAACAUUGUAAGUAGCUGUAAUAUACCAGUACCAAUAUGUUCUUGCCAUUGCUUCAGCCCAAGAAAGCUGUGUAUUGUUUUAAAAAUUGUAAAAAUUAUUGUGAUUCAUUUAGCAAAAGGAGGUGGACAGAAGGGUUUUCCCUCUGUAUCAAAACUUGUCUAUAAUUAUGUCAUCUAUGUACCUAGAAAAAAAAAAGUAAAUAAAUUUCUUCUGUUGAA